CAGCGACCGAGCCCCUUCCGCGACUUCGAAGGCCCAUCGCGCGCCUCGACGUCGGCGCCAAGUAUCGAGUUUCACAGGCACUUUUUGCUGGGCAGUUUCGGCCACGACCAUGGACACAAUGAAGCGAUCGGCCACAUCCGACAACCAGGACAAGGCGCGGGUGACGCUCAUGGAGCGCCAAGACCACGAGACGGGCAACGCACCGAUGCUCGCCCAGCUCCGCAUUAGCGAGCUCGACAAGCUCGUGGCGCGUGUCAAGCAAAAGCAAGCGCUCAUCAACGAUCUCAUGGCCAAGUACCACGACGAGCUCGCGCACAUUGAGAAGGAGUCGCGCAAGAUCCACGAGCGCUACGACCCGCUCUGCGCGCGCCUCGCCGAGCGCCUCGAGGAGCAGACAGCCAACCAAGCGCAUUACGACACGAUCUCCAAGAACUUUGGCCAAAUUCUAAGCACGACCAAAGCCCGCUUGCGGAACAGCCAAACCGAAGGCCUCCACAACCUGCGGCGCGAAGCUACGGCGGAGCUCGCAGCGACGCGCGGCUUUGCCGCCGACAUCGCGAGCACCUUUCACCAAAAGAGUCGAAAGUAACUCGACAACGUCGACGACCAACAAGACAGUAUAGCAGCGUCCGUGCACUACUUAGUACAGUAGCUACUAUGAAGAUGUACUCGUCGACUCGUCGACUAGUCGACGAGUGUAUG